AUGUCUUUCCUUUUCGGCCAGCCCAAGAUGUCCUCGGAGCAAAAGCUUGCUGCCGCAGAGACCGAAGUCGAGAUGAUCUCCGACAUGUUCAGCCGGGUUGACCCUCUACUCCUUAGCUUGACCGAGUCCUGCACCAAGAAGUGUAUCCCCGUCGACUACCGCGAGGGUGACCUCAACAAGGGCGAGUCUGUCUGCCUCGACCGGUGUGUCUCAAAGUUCUUCGAUGUCAACGUCAAGGUCAGCGAAAAGAUGCAGGGUGAGGCCGCCAGCAAGCAGGGUGGCAUGGGUAUGAUGUAA